UGUCAGUCAGUAUUUUCAUAACUUUAGUGCCAAAACAAGCGAUUUUUCUGUUUGAAAUUAAUUUUUACGAUGGAUUCGCGGUUAUACGAGAGUAAAUUAGCUAACCAUAAAAUUUUUGCCGACAUUAAGGACAGUUUAACAGAAAAUCAAAGUGGGAAAUUGCGUAAUUUGCUAGAGUUGCGAGAUGAUGUUUUGUACGCUUGGAACUCAAAAGAAAACUGUUUAUUCACUUUAAACCUGAAGCAUCUGGAAGAACAUGCUGAAGAAACACCGUAUCAGAAACUCCACCUGCUCUCGCCGCCAGCGUUCCAAGUGGAACGUGUGAUCAGCAGCACCUGUGGCAGUAGACUUUGCGUGUGGGGCUCCCGGGGGGUCAUCGUGGCCGAGCUGCCUUCCAGGUGGGGCAGGGGAGGGCUCUUCGAUUCUGGCUCGCAGACUGUGCUUUGCAAGAGUGCUUCCCUCGACGAACGGUUUCUGUACUCCCAAGGUGAAGUGCGAAGGGUACACUGGCAUCCGACCUCGCUGUCACAUCUGUUGGUGCUGGUGUCGGAUAACACUAUCAGGCUUUACAACAUAGCGAUAAAAAGAGGGCCAAAACUUGUAAAGAUCUACACGAUUGGUGCAAAGCCGUGCAGCCAGUUGGCCGGGAAGACGAUCCUGGACAGUUUGGGAGACACAGCUGUGGACUUCACCUCCGUACCUGGUUCGUCGGACCUCCUGAUAUUGAGGGGCAACGGGGACGUGUAUAUGAUGCAGUGUGAACUAGAGCCGAAGAGUGGUGUCCACGGACGCUUGCGCGGCCCGCUGGCGAUGUACCCGCCCGCGGACGACAACUACGGGUCGGAGUCGUGCGCCAUCGCCGCGCUCGGCGCCGCGCCCGCGCCCGCGCUCGUCGUCGUGGCCUCGGGCUGCGCCGCGCUCUACCACUGUCUGCUGCUGCCCAACUCGUCGGACAAAGAAAACGACGACAGCCACGCCCUCUACGUGGUGGAGGCGGUCGAGCUGAACAUCACUCUCAACCCGGACAGCGACUUGCAGCAUUCCUAUCCGGUGCAUCUGUACCCGUGCACGUCGAACACGUACGUGUGCGUGCACGCGGGCGGCGCGCACGCAGUGUCGCUGUGCGCGCUGCAGCCGCCGCUCGCGGAGUUCGCGCGCGCGGAUGACGAGGGGGCAGAAACAAUUCUAUCAACUAUAUUCGCGAAGCCGAGCGUGGCGCGGCACCUCGUGUGCACGAGCGGCCACAACGCCGCGUUUCACCCGCCCGCAGGAGUCGCUCUAACUCCACCACCGUUGCCAGCGCUAUUGGUGCUGUGUGCGGAUGGCAAUCUGUUAAAUAGAACACUGGAACCCUACGAUCUUGAAGAACAACUGUACAAAGAACUUCAGUUGAAGAAUCCAGCUUUAGAGGAAGAAGACAUCGCGAGUAUUCUAAAAGAACGUCAGAAGUUAUCGUUCACGGCCAUCAUACAGGAGAUACUGACGAGGGACGUCUCCCAGCCGAUUCUCAAUGUGAACACCGCUGAGGAACCCACUCCCAAGGAGAGUUUGGAACUAGUGACGCAAGCAACAGUGAAGCUGCGCACAGAGUACAUGUGCCGGCAGCAGCGCGCCGGCGCGGCGCUGCGGCGCAAGCUGGCCGCGGCGCGCGCGCUGGCCGCGCGCCACGACGCCUGGCUGCGGCAUCUGCAGACUGAAAUAGAUGAUGCUCGAGCGAACACCACCGCGCUUCAAGAGAAAUGUGCUUUGGCUGAGAAACACCAAGAUGACAUCAAAUACAGAUGUUCGGCGGUGAUACGAGGUUUGCGCGGUGCUUCGACCACAACGGCGGCAGAAAGGGAAAUGUUAGCUGAGCUGACUCGAUAUAAAAGCGUCAGUGAAAAACUGCAAGAAAGGAUACUCAUGUUGCAGCAACAUGCACGCAACAAGACUAAGGAGUUGAAACAAUGGCAAGAAGACUACAAGAAGAAAGACAUAGCGUUGGGGAGAUCUCACAGCGAAACCAUCUCCUCCAUAUUGCAGCAACAGACGAGUCAAAUAUCUACUCUCAUAGAAGAAACGAAGCUUCUAAAAGACCAACUCAGUAUUGUGUAAUUUUUUUUAUUGAUUUAUCUGAAUGUGUACUUUAAAUGAUUUUGUUUAAAAUUGUUUCAACUGUCUGAAGGCAUCUGAUUUAUAUCAUAGCAUACUACCACACCGCUCCCACCCGGCAAGAUGACGUCCAAUGUAAAAUGAACGUUAAGCCGUUCUCUGUAGACACACUUUACAUUGACAACAAACUGACCGCUCGCUGUCAGCCCUCGUCUUGUCAAAGUAAAGUAUGCCUACACAAAACGCCUUAAAGCUCACUUUUCAAUGAACAUUAUCUCGCGGGUGGGAGCGGUGCGGUAGAAGUAUGCUGGUCUUUAACUUCACUAGUGCCAUUUUUGCGACGAUAUAUGAAUAAUUAAGUAAAUUAUUUCUGUUAAAUUACUAAUUUUUCAACGAAUAUUUUUCAGUAAAAAUGGCGAUAAAUAUGUUUAUUUCUUAUCGAUCGAAUUGCUUAAAUUGGUGUCAGAUUUUAUUCAAUCGCCUAAAGGUAUCAAAUAUGUUGAAAAACGUCGUAUGAUGCACGCGUGCAAUUA